AUGACCGGGAAACCACAUAAUAACACAAAUCCUCGCAAAUUUAAGGAAAAAAUAGAACUCCUUCGUCAAAAGGAGGCUCAAUUAACUGCGAACUUUAUGGAAGUUAUGCGAGGAAUCCCCACACUCACGCGGAACGUGGUGCCCUAUCCAGAUUUACCCAACAAAGAACUACUGCAGCCUGAUAGUUAUUCGCCAACCCUAAGGCCACCAUUGGAUUCCACUAAAUCCUCCGGAUAUACUCGUAGGAGGGAUAAUUCUGGCAACUAUCAAUAUACCCUCGAGACGAGUACAGGCACAUCAAACCGCGGUCUAUACAACAACGGUAGGGGUGGAGGCGGCGGUGGUGGUGGCGGUGUGAGUCAAACCCCUCGGAUGGACGGAGUGGAAUCGCAGUCACAGCAGCGGCUGCCGCCUCCACCGCAGUCUCAGUCACGCGGGGUGGAGGCGAAGAUGGCGACGGCGGGUCUGCUUCAGACGUCUGCAGAGUCAGGGAAGCCUGGUCUCCUCUCCCACAUCUCCCCUCUUCAUGCUUCGCAAACUUCACCCUUCCCCUCCGCUUACCAACCAAAUCUGGUGCCAAUUUCCGUCUCCCCUCACUCUUCGCAAUUCUACACUAGCUCGAACACCUCUCCGAGCCGUCAACACCACCUGCAGUUCCAACAACCACCACUGCUCCCACCACCUCCACCAUCGCUAGGUCUAGCAGGGGCAGCCUCUCAGCAACCGUUGCGAGAAUACACCUGUCAGUCGGCUUGGGGUCAUCCUGGAAAUCAGGAUUGUGGUAAUGGACCGGUGGGGAAUGCUUUAAAUAGUGCUUCCACGGCAGCGUCGAUGAUUGGCGAAAUGAGUUUGGUGGAAUACCGAAGGACCUACUCGGAUUCCUGCAUCCCCAACAGUUUUCCCGAUGUCUCCGAUCAUUCCCGAUGCUUUCCACCACACCAACAAUACAACCGUCAGCAGCAUCAACAACCACCACCUCCACCGUUACUUCCGCUACCACUACAGCGGCAGCAACAAAGGCAGCAACAGCGAACCCUUCCACCAGUGGACGAACUCGCCCUCCCUCGCUACCAAAACACAAACAGCAAUACCGCCUCAAACAGACCCCACACCUCCUGCUUUAAUGGAGGUCUCCUCUCCUCCCGCUGUCGUCAUCAAUCAUCCACCACGGUCUCUCAGCAGCCGUUUCGACGACUGCAGUCGGACUACCAUAGCAUGCGGAAUAUUCCACAGCGCUACGCACCGGUGCAUCAUCACCAUCAUAAUCCUCAACAGGCGGCAACGCCUGUGCAGCCCUUGCUGGUGCAAACUGCUGGAGGUGGAGAGGGGUAUGCUUCCGGGCCCAUAGCUCAUCCCUAUCAGACGUGGAAUACGAAUGGUGGUAAUGGCGGUGGUUCGAUAUCAGCCUAUGAUCUGCCAUCAUCCUCAUCUGCGUUGAGGUUGAAAAGGUCCGACGUCUACAGUGAAUACCGGGCGAAGCCGCCACCGUUACAACUACUACCCCAUGUAUCACAGAUGCCGACGACGAUGGGCUACAAAAACCACUCCGUAAGGUCUGUUGGCAGUAGCUGCAGCAGUGAUGGUGGUGGUGGUGGGUACUUCAGUGCGUCCACGGCUGACCCUCUUGCCUACCACCAACCACAGUCUUCGUGCGCUUCUUCCGUGCUGGGCUCUGCUGCUGCUGCCACCGCUGCCAAUAAUAAUGGCGUCGGCUCCAUUGCAAUAUCCUCCUCCGCACCCCUCACCCAGCCCCUUGAUAUCAGCGUCCUCGACAGCGACGCUUUUCACGGAGGAGGAGGGAUGUCUCACGAAAUUUGGAAAGUUUCACGUUCGACCGCCUCUGAUCUCCUCGAUGUUGCCGGGGGCUUCAUGUUGCUUUUCACCCUGCCGAGUUAUGAAUUAGAAAUUCCUGCAUUUCCUCGACUGGGUUGUAUCCACUUGGUCGCGCAGCGGUCUAAGUAA